AAAAUGGCGACAGGUCGAGGAAGAAAUCCUGGUUCUUCGGGAGGAGGACCGAUUAGAGUGGGAUACUAUGAAAUGGAACGAACAAUCGGCAAAGGAAACUUUGCAGUAGUGAAACUGGCAACUCACAUUAUCACUAAAACCAAGGUUGCAAUAAAGAUCAUUGACAAAACCCAACUGGACCAGGACAAUCUGAAGAAAAUAUUUAGAGAAAUACAGAUCAUGAAACUCCUUCACCAUCCCCAUAUCAUACGAUUAUAUCAGGUAAUGGAAACUGAGAGGAUGAUAUACCUGGUUACAGAGUAUGCAAGUGGGGGUGAAAUAUUUGACCACUUAGUUGCGCAUGGACGAAUGAAUGAAAAAGAAGCUAGGGCACGUUUCAAACAAAUCGUGGCAGCUGUUGCAUAUUGUCAUAGUCACCAUGUUGUUCAUAGGGACCUUAAAGCUGAAAAUUUACUGCUGGAUCAAAACCUGAACAUAAAAAUAGCAGACUUUGGGUUUAGUAAUGAGUUUGUGCCAGGCAGUCCACUGAAGACCUGGUGCGGAAGUCCUCCUUACGCUGCACCUGAAUUAUUUGAGGGACUUGAAUAUGAUGCCCCUAAAGUAGAUAUUUGGAGCUUAGGUGUUGUUUUAUAUGUGCUUGUGUGUGGGGCUUUACCAUUUGAUGGGAGUACUUUACAAAGUCUGAAGACCAGAGUUGUUAAUGGAAAAUUCCGAAUUCCUUUCUACAUGUCCACAGAAUGCGAAAGCCUCAUACGCAGUAUGCUGACAGUAGAUUGUAACAAACGAAUAUCAAUGAGGGAAAUAGUGCAACAUGAAUGGAUGAAACUGGGUGGAGAAGACCCAGAGUUUGAGAGACUUAUCAGUGAUUCUUUGCAAAUUCUCAGCAUAAAUGAUGACAGUGAACCCAGUGAAACAAUUCUACAACAUUUAGAGUCUUUAGGAAUUGAACGUGAUAAAGUUGUGCAGUCUGUAAAUAACAAAGCAUUCGAUUAUCUUAGUGCAAUCUACCAUUUACUUGUUGAAAAACAACGACGUAGUCAUAAAUUAGGACGUCAGCUCUCCGAGCCUGGGCCCAUACCUCCUAAUUUGGUAACAACGCGGACUGAAAGAAGGUCUAGCAUUACAACUGGUGUGGUUGAAACUGUUGAAGUACCUGUAGAGGUUCACACUGGUGAGACUACCCCACGUCCCCUCAUCAAUCCAGCCCUCGUUGCAGCUACAGCGGCCAUGCCACAUAUGCAGUUGUACCAACAGCAGUCAAUGGAGCAAUCUGACCAUGAGGAUUCUGAUGAGGAGCCAUCUCCAGAGGCCUUGGCCCGAUAUCGUGCCAUGCGUCGACACACUGUGGGGGUAGGAGACCCAGAUCAUGAGGCCCCGGAAGAUGUGAGAGUCAAACUUGCCCAUCAUCAGCCCAUUCUAGCCAUGCCACCAACAUUUAUUACAAACCCCAUUGAUCAGUUUUCGCUGUUCAAUCAUGCAAGCCUACUCCCUCAAAUGAAUCUACCUUCAAAUUUACCCCCUGUGCAGAAUCAUUCUCCUCACAACUACACAGUCAAGGAUCCUCAUUUACUGAGACCUCCACAAGUCAUGGGUCCAGGAGGGAUGGCCCAUAUGGGUAGAAGGGCCUCUGAUGGAGGGGCAAACAUCCAGCUGUUUGCCCAGCAUUUUAACAGGCCUCUCAUAUGCAGUCAACCUGGGAGUCAAGAGACAGUAGGAUCUCUCUCUCCAAGUGGGCAUCCCAUCAGUCAAACAUUACAGACCUCUGUCACAGUUGAGGAGAAUGAAGAGGGAUCUGACCAAGAGCCAGACCAAGAUGCUGUUGCCAGGUAUCUCCAGUCCCGAGGCAGAGGUAAACGGCACACUCUGGCUAUGACGAGUCCAGCAUAUGAGGUCACCGAAGAGCUGCAAGAGAGACUAGCCAUGCAGCAACCUAUAAGAUCGCGUCGUUGUGCAGCAUCACUGUUAACAUCACCUGACAAAGACAGGAUACCGACAGGUGGUCGUGAAUGUUACAAAGAGCAGCACAUCUUGGUUGUACCCAAUGAGAGGUAUAGCCCAGUGAGGAGAGCAAGUGAGGGGGCAGCAGGGGUACAACGCUAUCAAACACACCUAGAGAAACUAUAUAACCAGACAAUCAAUAAGGGUUCAGCACAUAACAGUCUUAAAGAAUUGCACCAAGAGUAUCAGCAACUUCAGAAACAAGUGGGAGGAGGUAGUAAUGCAGAGAAGCAGCAAGAACUACAAGAACAGCAUCAGCAUCUGCACAGAACCAGCUGA